AUGAGGAUACUCCUGGUUGGUUCCCGGGACUCCGUGUGCUGUGAGGGAAAAAUCUCAGAAGGAGUUAGCUUUUCAAAAAUUUUGGACGAUAUUAGAAAUAAUGUUCAAAGUAUUUAUGAUGUCACCACUGUUAUUUCAAAGAGAGAUUUACGAAAUGUUGAAAGGGAUUUCAAUUUAGUUGAGGGUAAAGCUCAUUCUUCAGACUAUGUUAGUGUACGUAUAUGGAUGGAAAAUAUGAGCAGUUUAACUGAAGAAGAAAAUCCAAUCAUUUAUUCCUAUUUGGAAAAUGAUGAUUAUGACCAUCUUCUUACUACACUAGUUGUAGUGGAUGAGUAUGGUAAUGGAUUUCCUUGUUUCUUUUGUUUUACCAAGAAAAAAGACACCAAAACAUGGAUCACUUUUUUUACAAAAAUUAAAGAUAGAACUGGCAAUAUAAACACUAAGGUUUUUAUGAGUGAUGAUGAUCCAGCAUUUUAUAAUGCUUGGUGCAAUGUCAUGGGUAAUGCUGAACAUAAACUUCUCUGUAGUUGGCAUGUUUAUCAUUCAUGGCGUAAACAAAUACAGACAAAAAUUAAGGGUUCAUUUGAAAAGAAAACCUACGUUUAUAAAACACUCAAAAUAUUAACACAUGAAACAAAUGUGGAAGAUUUUGAAAAUAUGUUGGCUGGAACAUCUGAUGAAUUGAGAGAUGACAACGAUACAAAAGAAUUUUAUCAUUACUUUCAAUGUAAUUAUCUUAAUAGAGUAGAGAAAUGGGCAUAUUGCCAUCGUAAUUUAUGUGGCAUCAAUACCAAUAUGUAUUUGGAAUCUAUACAUAAGACCAUCAAAUAUUUUUAUUUAAACGGAAAAAAAAAUAAACGUAUGGAUCAAUGUAUAAACGCAUUACUGAAGUUUAUACGUGACAAGAUCUUUGAAAGGUUUAUUAAAUUAGCCAAAAAUAAAUACUGCAGUAAAGAAGAUAAAAUUAUGAUGAGCCACAAUGCUGCUGUUAAAAUAUGCGAUGCCAAAAUUGAACGUAUGUCUCCUAUAACUUGGAAAAUAAUUUCUACUACUGAAAAAGAAUCAUCCUAUGAUGUCAAAGAGCAUUCAGUUCAGAAUUUUUUCACACAGCCCGAUGAAUCAACUGAACAGUUUGAUAAUUUUGAAAAACUUCUAGUGAACCAAGAUAUUACAGAACCUGUUGAAAAAGAAAAAAAUCAAUUAUUAACAAAUUAA